AUGGCGUUACCGAAAGACAAACCUACUCUCCAAUCCACGAGUAGUGGAAAUUGGACCCGCCCUGAUAAUGUUUUCUGCACUGCACAUACAUUAGAUUCAUUCUCGACGUGCAACACCGCACCACGUCGAAGGCCGCCCUGUACUGACCAUGUCCCAAUAUUAAGUACCCUAGACCUCAAGAUCCCCCGCUCCUCAACCUCUACCUCCUUCAACUUCCGCGACGUGGACUGGGACACCUUCAGAGGCUGCUUAAUCCGCAAUCUAGCCAACUACCCCGAUCCCCAAGUUCUCACCACCGAGGUCCAAUUCCAAGAAGCCGCAACCAACCUCAGCACAGCGCUCAAACUAACGAUCGAGGAAAAGGUACCUAAGUCGAAACCCAGCCCACACGCCAAACGCUGGUGGACAAAAGAGUUAACAGCGCUCAUAGCCAAGAAAGACGAGCUAAGUGAUAUGUCUUACAAGAUGAGAGGAUUGGCUGAUCACCCCGUCCAUGAAGAACACAGGAAAUUCCGCAAC